CUGUGCUGCUGUUAAAAACGCGUGUCUGUGCUGUAUCGAUCAUGUUAAUAGAGUAUAGAAAAAUAAAAUAAACGCCGCCGUUUACCAGACAUUUGUUUUGGUUUGUUAUUAGGGAGGGACGGAGUCUGACUUCCGGAAUCUUCUAGAAGAAACCAUGAAGAAGAAACUUAAACAGAGCGAAGCGGCGGCGGCAGAUCAACGGUCGUCCGACUACGUGGUCGGCCAGGUUUCGGGAAGUUUGUUCCAGAAGAACCCUGCAGACUCGGGAUCGUCGCUGUCGGCUUUAUUCAGCAGCGCUGCACCAGCUGCACCCGUGCUGUUCGCAGCUGCCCCUCAGCCUGUCAGAAAGAGCUCAGAGGAAAAAGAGCAGCAGAAAGAAGCUCCAGAAGGGAAACGUCCAGGUCAGCAGGAGCAGAACAAGAAGAAGAAGAAGAAGAAGGAGAAAUCAGAGGCAGAGGAGACGCUGGAGCACAGAGAGAGCGGUCUACAGAACGCAGACGAGGACGAGCGAGAGCAGCAGACGUCAGUGAGGAAGAGUAAGAAGAGGAAAGCUCCGGAGCCGGGCGGGGAGAUCGAUGUGGAGCAGAUGGUGAUGAAGAGGCAGAAAGUGAGAGCCAGGAAGCAGGAGGAGGCGAUGAAGAGCAAGAGGACGGUGUUUGUGGGAAACCUUCCCAUUGGCUGCACCAAGAAGACUCUGCAGACUCUCUUCAGGGAGAAAGGAGCCAUCGAGUCCAUCCGGUUUCGCUCUGUGGUCAGAGAGGAUCCGUCCAUGUCCCGUAAAGUUGCAGUCAUAAAACGUAAAGUUCAUCCUAAGAAGCAGAGCAUGAACGCCUACGUGGUUUUUAAAGAUGAAGAAGGAGUGAUGAAGGCGUUGGAGAGGAACGGCAUGGAGAUCCAGAAAGACUUUCACAUCCGAGUGGACCGAGUGGCCGACAACUCCUCCCACGACCACAAACGCUCCGUGUUCGUGGGGAAUCUGUCGUUCGAGAUAAAUGAGUCUGCUUUUCGCCGUCACUUCGAGGAGUGCGGUUCAGUGGAGGCUGUGCGGUUGGUACGAGACCCGACCUCUGGACUGGGGAAAGGAUUUGGCUACGUCCUCUUUGAGAGCGCUGACUCAGUGCAGCUGGCGUUGGAGCUGGACGGCUCCAAACUGGAGGGCAGGUCUAUCCGGGUGAAGAGGUCAGUGAAGAAGGAGAAGCUGAAGAAAAGUGACAGUAAAGAACCCAAGGGGAAGGCUGGCAGGGGCCCCUCCAAGGGUCCCACAAAGGGCCCACAGAAAGGUUCUUUUAGGGGCCCGGGCAGGGAGAGAGGAGGCGGACGAGGAGGAAUCAAGUCUCCAAAGAAAUUCUCUGGAAACAAACAGAAAUCGACCAAAAGCUCGGGCUCCUUCAAGGGAGAGAUGACGGAUCCGAACAGAAAGGUUAAGAAGAAAGGACAGAAGAAGAGUAAUAAGGCCGUUCACAUCUGAGAGGAGAGAAACGUGUGGAGGACUGGUGAGGCUGGAUUUACUCUGAAAACCCAACAGAAGAACAGACCCGGACUGUUUAAAGAAGUGUCGGGCCAUCCUCUCUGUUCUGAGGAGGUUCAGAGACUUUCAGAUGUCCUUUAUUUGUUUCUAAGAAGGUUUUAACUUUUCAUUUAAUAAAAAAGCUCAACACUUAGAGCGUGCUCCUCUCUAACAGGAUUCAUGCAGUCCUAAAAGGAUUUUUCAUCUGCUGCUCCUGAUGUCUUCAUUCAUGUUUGUCUGUAGUUUUGUACUAAAAAAUAAAAUUCAACCUGCAAAACGUGUAAUUCUGUUUUUAUUGAAGUAGAUAAUGAAUCAAAUAAAACCUCACAUACAGCAAU